AUCUCUACUGCACUGCACCAUAGAAACACAGCUACGCCCCCCUGCAGCAAGUUCGUCAGGUGACUCCAAACAUGGCCGACGCCGGAAUAGACGGCUUUUGCGGCUCCACAUUUUGGGAUAUAAACCAAACAUGGCCGGUCGACAAUACCGUCAUUCCAGAUUUUACAAUUUGCUUCGAGAAGACUGUCUUAGCAUGGAUUCCAUGCAUAUUCCUCUGGCUCUUCUCGCCCUUGGAAAUUUCCUACAUUCUUAAGAGCAAAUACAAAGACGUUCCUUUCACAUGGCUUAACAUUUCAAAAUGGACUGGAUCUGUUCUGAUUCUGCUAGUUGCAACAGUAGAUUUCUGCUACAUCCUCUCUAUAUCAGGCGCUGAGGAUGUUUUUGCAGUGGACUAUGUUACACCUAUAAUUUUCAUGGCGACAUUUGCUUUGGCUACUGCUUUUCUUGAGCUCAACAGAAGGAAAGGCCUUGUUACCUCGGGCCUUCUGUUCCAAUUUUGGCUUGCGCUAGCUAUUUGCGGAGCAUUCCAGUUUCGUACUUUGAUCCUUUCUGCAACUGGACAAAUUGGGGAAAUAUACCCGAGCAACAGUUACCGCUUCAUUAGCUACAUGAUCCACUAUUCGAUUGUCCUGGUCAUGCUUCUUUUGAACUGCUUUGCCGACUCCCCUCCCAGGUUCACCGAGUAUCCCAAAGUUGACAACUUGUGUCCAGAGUCAAAUUCUUCAUUCUUGUCACGAAUGUCAUUUUCCUGGUUUGACAAACUGGCUUGGCUUGGCUUUAGGAAACCAUUGGAAAACAAAGAUCUUUGGAAUAUGAAUCCAUUGGAUACCUCAGCUCACGUUGUGCCAAUUUUUGAGAAGUACUGGAAUCAAUCAGUGAGAAAGGCGGCAAGGAUGUUUUGGGUUUAUUUUGGCACCAACGCAAGCAAGGCAUCAUACAAAAACAGUUCUGGAAGAGUUGAUUUUGAGCAGUCAAAGACAAAAUUGAAGUACCAUGCAUCCAUUGUUCCUGCGAUCUGUAAAGCCUUUGGACCAAUUUUCUUGUUUGGCUCAUUCCUGAAGUUUGUUCAGGAUAUUCUUGGGUUUGUGAAUCCACAACUUUUGAGUCUUCUGAUUGGCUUUGUUGAAAAAGAUGAUCCUCUUUGGAAAGGCUUAGUUUAUGCCAUUUUGAUGUUUGUCACGGCUUCGCUACAGACAGUCAUCCUAUCUCAGUAUUUCCACAGGAUGUUCAUAGUUGGUCUCAGAGUGCGAACAGCUCUUAUUUCCACGAUUUACCGAAAGGCUCUGCGACUUUCCAACUCUGCCAGGAAAGAGUCUACUGUUGGAGAGAUUGUUAAUUUGAUGUCAGUGGACGCUCAAAGGUUCAUGGACCUAACUGCUUACCUCAAUAUGCUGUGGUCGGCUCCAUUGCAAAUUGCCCUCUCCCUCUACUUCCUGUACCAAAUUUUGGGACCAUCUGUGUUUGCCGGACUUGCUGUGAUGAUAAUCUUGAUACCAGUCAAUGGUUACAUUGCUAACAGGAUCAAAACCCUGCAAAUCAAGCAGAUGAAAAACAAGGACCAGCGUGUCAAGCUGAUGAAUGAAAUCCUUAGUGGUAUCAAGGUCUUGAAACUCUAUGCAUGGGAGCCUUCCUUUGAGCAGCAAAUCUUGAAGAUCCGAGACAAAGAGAUUGCAGUUUUGAAGCAGGCAGCAUAUCUGAACGCUGGAACGUCCUUUGUCUGGGCUUGUGCUCCAUUCUUGGUCUCUUUGGUGACCUUUGCUGUGUUUGUCCUAUCAAGCGACAAAAACAUCUUGGAUUCGGAAACAGCCUUCGUGUCUCUUUCGCUCUUCAAUAUGCUGAGGUUCCCACUUUCCAUGUUGCCUAUGAUGAUUUCCAGCUUGGUACAGGCGAGCGUGUCAGUGAAGCGUCUGAACAAGUUCAUGAACAGUGAUGAAAUCGAUCCUACCAACGUCUCCCACGAUCCCUCUGAAUCUGACCCAAUUGUGAUGGAAAAUGGAACAUUUGCCUGGAGUGCAGAUGACAACCCAACUCUCAAGGGUAUUAACCUGAGGUGCAAGCAAGGUAGCUUGGUUGCUGUUGUUGGCACUGUAGGAUCAGGAAAAUCUUCUCUUAUUUCCGCAUUCCUUGGCGAAAUGGAGAAAAUUUCUGGGCGUGUAAAUGUGAAGGGAUCAGUGGCGUAUGUCUCUCAGCAAGCGUGGAUCCAGAAUGCAACUCUUCAGGACAACAUCACUUUCAGCAAGGCUCUGGACAGAGUGCAGUACAACAGAAUUGUUGAGGCGUGUGCCUUGAAACCAGAUAUUGAUAUGCUACCUGGUGGCGACCAGACUGAGAUUGGCGAGAAAGGCAUCAACUUGUCUGGGGGUCAGAAACAAAGAGUCAGCUUGGCUAGAGCGGUUUACUAUGAUUCAGAAAACUACUUCUUUGAUGAUCCCUUGAGUGCUGUGGACAGUCAUGUCGGGAAACACAUUUUUGAUAAUGUCAUCGGACCAAAUGGCUUGCUCAAGAAAAAGACUAGAGUUUUGGUCACCCAUGGUAUCACCUACCUUCCAGAAGUUGAUCAAAUUAUUGUGCUGAAGGAUGGAGAGAUUUCCGAGAGAGGUACUUACAAUGAGUUGAUCGCUAAGAAGGGUGCAUUUGCCGAUUUCCUGUUGCAACAUUUGCAAGAAAAGUCUGAAGAUGAUGGUGAAGAUUUGGAGGAUGUAAAGCAUCAGCUCGAGAUGGCUCUUGGUUCAGAAAAUGUGCAGAGACAGUUGAGCAGGCAAAAGUCAAGUGAUUCUGCAUCAUUGACUGGUUCUUUGUCAAAAUCGUUUGACUCCUCUGAAGUCAGGCAGCGGAGGAGAAGCUCUAAAGAAAACUCAGUACCUCCUGAGAAGAAAACGGGGCAAAAGCUGAUUGAAACAGAGAAAUCUGAAACUGGAAGCGUUAAGUGGGAAGUGUAUGCGCAUUACUUGAUGUCCAUUGGAAUAUUUCUUACGAUUGCAACGCUGUUACUGAACGUGCUUUAUCAGGGAUUUUCAAUUGGAACCAAUGUGUGGCUCUCUGUGUGGUCAAACGCACAGACCGCUUUCAAUGAUACAGCUCUUCCGCCAGACGAAAGAGAUAUGUACUUAGGUGUAUAUGGGGCAUUGGGCGUUGGACAAGCAAUUUUCACUUUCAUCCCAAGCAUCACUAUGGCACUUGCUACACUUGGUGCUGCAAUCAAACUGCAGCGUGUCAUGCUUUCUAAUGUGCUGAAAAACGAAAUGAGUUUUUUUGACACCACACCUAUUGGAAGAAUCCUCAAUCGUUUCUCCAAAGACAUAGACGUGAUUGAUAACACGCUCCCUCAGCUGCUGCGGGGCUGGAUUAUGUGCCUCUUUUCGGUUCUAGCAACACUUGUGGUAAUCAGCUAUUCAACUCCGAUAUUCAUUGCGGUGAUCAUCCCCAUUGGCAUUCUUUACUACUUCAUUCAAAGAUUCUAUGUGGCUACCUCUAGACAGCUGAAGCGCCUUGAAUCAGUUUCCCGCUCUCCUAUCUACUCGCACUUUGGAGAAUCGGUGACUGGAACUUCAACCAUCAGGGCGUAUGGUGCUCAAGAAAGGUUCAUGACAGAGUCUGAAGACAAGGUGGACUUCAAUCAAAUCGCGUAUUACCCCAGCAUCAUUGCCAACAGGUGGCUUGCUGUUCGACUUGAGAUGGUAGGCAACCUUAUCAUUUUCUUCUCUGCUCUGUUCGCUGUCUUGGGUAAAGACACCAUGAGCGCUGGGCUCGUGGGUCUUUCAGUCAGCUAUUCACUCCAGAUCACGCAAACUCUUAACUGGCUGGUAAGAAUGACUGGAGACGUGGAGACAAAUAUUGUGGCUGUUGAAAGAAUCAAGGAGUACGGAGAGACCAAGCAGGAAGCUGCUUGGGAUAUCCCAGAAACCAAACCUCCUAAGGAGUGGCCCCAAGAGGGAAAUGUUGUCUUCAAAGACUAUCAGGUGCGCUACAGGGAGGGACUUGACUUGGUUUUGCAUGGUAUUUCAUGUGACGUCAAAGGAGGAGAGAAGAUUGGUAUUGUCGGCAGAACUGGCGCGGGAAAAUCAUCCCUCACCCUUGGUCUUUUCCGAAUUAUUGAAGCAGCUGGCGGCUCUAUUUACAUUGAUGGCGUUGAUAUCUCCAAAAUCGGUCUUCACGCUCUGCGUUCUCGCCUCACCAUCAUCCCGCAGGACCCAGUCCUCUUUUCCGGGACUUUGAGGAUCAACCUUGAUCCGUUUGAGCAGUACAAAGACGAGGAAAUUUGGCGCGCCCUAGAGCACGCUCACUUAAAGCAUUUCAUCAAAGGACUUGCGGCCGGCCUCUCGCACGAAGUGUCUGAGGGUGGCGAAAACCUAAGUGUGGGUCAGAGACAACUCAUUUGCCUAGCCAGGGCCUUGCUGAGAAAAACCAAAGUUUUGGUGCUUGAUGAGGCGACGGCUGCUGUUGACUUGGAGACUGAUGAUUUGAUUCAGCAAACCAUUAGGACCGAAUUCAAGGAUUGCACCAUCCUCACAAUCGCCCACAGGUUGAACACAAUUCUUGACAGUGACAGGGUUGUCGUCCUAGACAAGGGAAAAAUCAUAGAAUUUGAGCCACCCAAUACUCUGCUGCAGAGAAAACAGUCAGCUUUCUAUAGCAUGGCCAAGGACGCUGGCAUUGUUGGAUAGUUGACAUAAUAUGUUGGACUCUCAAUUCUCAAAGGACUCUCUUUAUGUGCCUUGUGCAACCUCAACUUCCUCAUUGUACAUUGCGUCCUGUAAAAUAAGCAGUAUUUGCGCCACGCAUGUUGGAUACAUUAAUGUUGAUUCACACUUGUUUCGAGCGGGUUUAGUGCCACUGGGUGUUGGGAUUGGUUUUUAAACAUAAUAAUUUAGUAAGUAUGAUGCACUCCCUGACUGCAGAGACUUUGCUGGUAUAUCCUUGUUGUCAAGUCUGGUAUCGUUAAGCUUGAUUUGUUCUUAAAUUUAACGUCAAGUUGGGAACUUACAUAAAAGGCUACUUUAUCGACCUGAGUCCUGUUAUCAGUUUUUCUAGAUUUCAUCAUCAUUCAAUGAUUAAGUUUUAUAAUGAAACAAUUUCUAAAGUUGUCUUGAUAUUACUUGAUAGCGUUUAUUACUGCGGAAUGCUACUUUACGUUGAAUAAAGAAAUUUACAAACUGUAAAA